AUGAGCGACAUGAAAACGACAACGCCGUACAACUCGCCCGAACUGCACUUCGACUGCCCAUCGAACGUGAGCAGCUUCGAGGUAUGGAAGGAGGCGACGCCGAUGCUGGGGAGGAAAGGCUUUCAGGCGACUGGAGCGGGGUGUACGGCCACGACGAAAUACAACGGCACUCACGCAUCUUUUGGAGGAGGAGUCGGACCAGACGGGGCGACCUGGGGUUGUUCCGCGGACGACGGCAAGACGUUCGUCUGGCAAUCUGUAAGCGGUCUGCGGGAGUGGACCUACGUGCAAUUAUGUGAAUGGAAGAAUAUGGUGCUAGAAGAACACAACCUGGUCAUCUCCAACACCCCAGCUGGCUCCACCACCAUCUUCAUCAGCGACUUUGCCGACUAUCUGGAGGAUAAGACUGAUGGGAAGACGACCGUCGUCGCUCAAUGGGGCACGACCUCCCGGCCAACCCCGACAGCAGUCGCCGUCGAAACCUCGAGCAACUCGACCGGCACGACUGUCAGCAACUCUUUCUCGACUUCGAUCGAAACGAACGUCUCCUCCUCGGCGGCUGGCUCAGCUUCGACAGCGACGCUACUUCUCUUUAUCGGCGUCGGACUCGUUCUGAUCGUCGUCAUUUGUCUCGCCCUCUGUCUGUGUCUGCGGACGAAGCCAAAGCAGUACGAUGCGGAUCAGGCGGAGCGAAGUGUCGGGCGACAACAGCGGCGGAAGACUCGCCGACGAAGCUCGGGCGCUCCCGCUAGUUCGGAGGAUGGAGACUCGCUGCUUGGGGAGGACAAGCGGGAUGCGUGGGACACAAGGUCGCGGCGAGAAGACGGUAGACAAGCAGGAUAUGUAGAUUAG